UUAUCAAAAAAAUAAUAACCUGUUUUGACAUUAUUUUUUCUUGUCAAUUUUUCGUGUCAAUUUUUAAUUAAAAACUGAAAUGAUCUCAAACCUUGAAGCAAUAAUUAUGUAACAAUGAAGUCCAAACUCCAAAGGCAUUGCUGAUUCAAAAUAAGUUUUUCCACUGAAUCCCACUUCCGAUCAAAUCAAACAUUUGGAGUCCUGGAAUCAGAUCUGAAGGUGAUCGUUGUUAAUUGUUAAAUUUUGCCUUUUCUUCGAAUCACAAUUAAAAUGUUUUGUUUCAAUUGCUGUUCACAAGUCACCCCUCGCUACAAAAGGUUAGUCGAUAAUAUUUAUCCUCCUACACCCGAAGAAGGUUUGGAUAAAGGUGAAAUGGAAAAAUUAAUGUUUUACGCUCUCUCCUCGCCUGAGAAACUGGACCGUAUUGGAGAAUAUUUCUGUAUUCGAGUCAGCAAAGAUAUUGCUAGAAAACGCGAUUUGCACGUUAAAAUUGCCAUGGAAGCGAUGGAUCAACUUCUAAUGGCGUGUCAUUCGCAGCGGAUCAAUUUAUUCGUGGAAAGUUUCCUAAGAAUGGUGCAAAAGCUAAUGGAAUGUCCGGAACCAGAGUCGCAGAUAUUAGCCACUCAAUCUUUCGUUCGAUUUGCCCAUAUUGAAGAAGAUACGCCUUCGUAUCACAGAAGAUACGACUUCUUCGUUUCGAAAUUUUCAUCGAUGUGCCAUAAUAACAGUCACAAUUUGGAAAUCCGAAAUAAAAUUCGACUCGCUGGUAUUAAAGGAUUGCAAGGCGUGAUUCGUAAAACAGUUUCGGAUGAUUUGGUUGAAAAUAUCUGGGAACCGGUUCAUAUGGAUAAAAUUAUACCCUCUUUGCUGUACAACAUGCAGAAUCCUAAUUUUAAAGUCAACGAUAAAAGUUAUCCUGAUUUAAAACUAACUGAUAUAUUUACUCGUAAUGAAAACGAAGAAAAGAAUCCCACCGCUUUGGCUGAAACUUGUUUUCGAGAAUUAAUCGGCAAAGCUUCGUUUGGUCACGUGAAAAGCAUCAUUCGUCCGGUUUUGAGACAUUUCGACUUGCAUAAUUUAUGGAUAUCCAAAUCGUUCGCCAUACACUGUUUCAGACUAAUAAUGUUUUCUAUUCAAUCUCAAUAUUUAUACAUCGUCGUUGAAAGUUUAAUGGUACAUUUGGACGAAAAUUCGAAAAUCCCUCCGAAAAUACGAACAAACGUGGCCGACGUGCUUUCUAAAAUCAUUGCUAUAGCUGCUAGUGAAAGCGUUGGACCUACUGUGAUAGAAAUUAUCAACUCGUUACUAACGCAUUUACGCACUUCAGUUACCAGACAAGGUAUAUAUUCGUAUCCUGUAAACGAAGCCGUAGAAGAAGAAGAAAACCAAUACCAGGAAGCUCUAAUCGCAGCCUUGGGUGAAUUCGCCGCUCACUUGCCAGAAUACCAAAAGACUGAAAUAAUGAUGUUCAUUAUGUCGAAAAUAACUCACUCUAAACCGGUUUCCGAUACGUCAAAUGUGCACAAUCGAAUUCAGUAUAUCUAUUUGAAUUCUCUUUUGAUGGUUUGCUCUAAAUACGAUUCCACUCAGGGUACUCUCUCGCAAUCUUUUUUGGAUCCCUUGAUGAGAUGUUCUCGAGACGAAGAUCCUGAAAUACGUACUCGAGUGAAGAAAAUUCUUCGUACUCUUUUUGAUAAAGAUCACAUCGAUGAUGAGAAUUUCAAGAAAACAGAUAUACUGGCUGCUCAAGUUACCGUAGAUGAACCAACUCAGGGAAAACAUAACAUUUUAUUAGUUUAUGGUCAUAAUUGGACUGAAAACGUACCUUCUGCCAAUGAAGUGGAUUUCUCAAUCGAAGGUUACAGUAACUCGUCUUCUCCGGGCGUUCAGCGAAAGCAUCCUCCCGAAGAUCUGUCAUUCGAAGCGAUGAAACGCGUUUCAACUGAAAAUUUCGAUAAAUAUUUCGAAGAGCAGGUUGAUCGAAACGAAGAAAUACUGGAAAAGUAUCGAUCUUUAUCGUUUACUGAAUUGGUAAAAAUUUCCACUUCUGAUGAGAACGAUACAAUUGCGUUCAAAUUGAAUGAAAUAUUUUCUAAAAUGAACAACAAUAUCACAUAUAGGAAAAGUUAUGUGGAAUUUAAUGAUGCUUAUAAACCUGGUUUAGAAACUUUAUUUCCUGAAUGUUUCGUGUACUGAAUUGCAGUGCUUGAAUAUUUUUAUUUUAAUUAUUGACGGCGAUUGGUUUUUAAACUUACUUUAUUUUUGGGGAAAUUGGUUACGCUUGACCUGAAACUUAGUUACCAUGAAUGGGUAUGGGAUAAUCGAUUAUUUGAACAAAUCACAUUUUAAUGCUCAAGGGUUUUCGUGUUCAAUAGUUACUGUAUUACAUUCCGAAGUGUUCUGUGAUAAUCUUAUUAUUUUUUUCUUAUUAUUAAUAAGGUUGAUGGUUACUGAAGUUAAAGUUAAAUAGAGCUUAUUUCGGUGUUCAUUACUAAAUAGGUAGAUAGUAAGUAUUUUGUUACUUUUAAUAAAAUUGGUUGAUAUGUU